UUGAGCUGCGAAACAGGCGAAACAUGAAACCGAUCGACACUUUAUUGUUGUUGUGCGUCGCCAUCGGCCGCCGGCAGGCUGUAUUCGUCCCCGAAAACCAAGGCGCAGGUAACAGGGAUUUGGUGGAUCUUGUCAAAUUGAAUCUUCGUACAAAUAAUGAUGAUUACACCGACGCCCCGGCUACCAAAUUUGAAACUACGACGUUCCCUUCUUAUAUUGAAAUAAAUAAACUGAAGGGAUUGAGAAGGGCUAAUAAAGAGGGUAUAAGUGAACUGUUCGAUGAGAAUCUGAUGUAUGAAUUAGAACAAAACGUUAUUGGACACAAUUUUACGAAAAACUAUCGAAAAAGCAAAUUGGGAAAUUGGAAAAUAACACCUUUAAUCGGAGGUCAAAAAAACUUAAAUAGAUUGCCCAUGCAAAGCCAGCCAAAAAUCACAACACAAAAGCGAGCGAUUUUAAAAUCUAAUCCAAGUAAAAUAGAAAAAUUUCAGAUUUUUUUUGAGAAAAAUAAGGACCUGUUUAAAGAAUUUAUAAGCAGUAAAAUAGCUGCGAGAACACAGGUUUCGGGAUACUUCACAAGGGGAGGGCCGACACCAAAUAUGAAAGGGAUAAGAGUGGAAAAGAAUAGGAAAACUGCGCACAAGAGAGGAUGGCUGGACGGAGACGAGAGUGGUAGCACCACCGAGCCCUUGGACCCGGAUCGGCUAGACAUGCUGCCCGCAGUCGGUGGCCGCGUACACUACUGGAGAAUACGGGGCCGUCUAUGUCACCGACACGUAUUGAUGCCGGAAGGGCCUAAGUACGACAGCAAAGGGCGCGUGUACCUUCCCGCCCACACCGACCACGUGCACCGACCUUUCAAAGUCACGCGCCGCCCCCACCUACUGCUGCCCAAAUGCUGCAACUGCUGCAAAAAGUCCGUUCUCGGCUGCGAGUGACCACCGACACAUCACAUUGUCAACAAAACAUAGCUGCGUGUCGAGUGUUUAUCGAGCUUUUAUAAUAAAUACUUACUUUAUUUUCA